GCCGGCGCCAUGGGGACUGCCUCGUCGCUCGUGAGCCCCGCCGGCGGGGAGGUGAUCGAGGACACGUACGGGGCGGGCGGCGGCGAGGCCUGCGAGAUCCCGGUGGAGGUGAAGCCCAAGGCCCGCCUGCUGCGCAGCUCGUUCCGCCGGGGCGCGGGGGCGGGGGCGGGGGCCGGGCCGGGUUCGCUGCCCCGCGGGGCGGGCGGCGGCGGGCUGCUGGGGGCCAGCUUCAAGUCCACUGGCUCGUCUGUGCCCGAGCUGGAGUACGCGGCGGCCGAGUACGAGCGGCUGAAGAAGGAGUACGAGAUCUUCCGGGUCAGCAAGAACCAGGAGUUGUUAUCCAUGGGCCGCCGCGAGGCCAAGCUGGACACGGAGAACAAGCGGCUGCGGGCAGAGCUGCAGGCACUUCAGAAAACUUACCAGAAGAUACUUCGGGAAAAGGAAAGUGCUUUAGAAGCAAAAUAUCAAGCAAUGGAGAGAGCAGCUACAUUUGAACAUGACAGAGAUAAAGUUAAGAGGCAAUUUAAGAUUUUUAGGGAGACCAAGGAAAAUGAAAUUCAGGAUUUAUUGAGGGCCAAGCGAGAGUUGGAGAGUAAACUUCAGAGGCUACAGGUUCAGGGGAUCCAUGUAUUUGAUCCUGGAGAGUCUGAUUCAGAUGACAACUGUACAGAUGUUACUGCUGCUGGACCCCAGUGCGAGUAUUGGACUGGUGGAGCCUUGGGAAGUGAGCCCUCCAUAGGAAGUAUGAUUCAGCUUCAGCAGUCUUUCCGGGGCCCUGAGUUUGCCCAUAGUUCUAUAGAUAUAGAAGGACCCUUUGCUAACGUCAACAGAGAUGACUGGGAUAUUGCUGUAGCUAGUUUAUUACAAGUUACCCCCUUGUUUUCACAUUCUCUGUGGAGUAACACUGUCAGAUGUUACCUCAUUUAUACAGAUGAAACCCAGCCCGAAAUGGAUCUUUUCCUUAAGGACUAUUCACCUAAACUUAAAAGAAUGUGUGAGACAAUGGGAUAUUUUUUCCAUGCUGUGUAUUUUCCAAUUGAUAUUGAAAAUCAGUACCUCACUGUAAGAAAAUGGGAAAUUGAGAAGAGUUCAUUAGUUAUCUUAUUCAUUCAUUUAACCUUACCAAGCUUGUUAUUGGAAGACUGUGAAGAAGCUUUUCUGAAAAACCCUGAAGGCAAACCACGAUUAAUUUAUCAUCGUUUGGAAGAUGGGAAAGUCAGUUCUGACUCUGUCCAGCACCUGAUUGAUCAAGUUUCUAACCUGAACAAGACCAACAAAGCCAAGAUCAUUGAUCACUCAGGAGAUCCUGCAGAAGGAGUCUAUAAAACCUAUAUUUAUGUAGAAAAGAUUAUUAAACAGGACAUCCUGGGCUUUGAAACUACAGACCUGGAAACUAAGGAUUUGGGCAGUGAAGAUUCUAUUCCAGAAGAAGAUGAUUUUGGUGAUGUUCUGUGGGACAUACAUGAUGAACAAGAGCAAAUGGAAGCUUUUCAGCAGGCUUCAAAUUCAGCCCAUGAGUUGGGAUUUGAGAAAUAUUACCAGCGCCUUAAUGAUCUAGUGGCAGCACCAGCACCAAUUCCACCCCUUCUUGUAUCUGGAGGACCAGGCUCUGGAAAGUCCCUUCUUUUAUCAAAGUGGAUCCAGUUACAACAGAAAAAUUCCCCUAACACACUAAUUCUUUCUCAUUUUGUGGGGAGGCCCAUGUCAACCAGCUCAGAGUCUUCCUUGAUUAUUAAACGACUGACUCUAAAGUUGAUGCAGCAUUCUUGGUCAGUAUCUGCUCUGUCAUUGGAUCCUGCUAAGCUUCUGGAAGAAUUUCCACAUUGGCUAGAAAAACUCUCUGCCCGUCAUCAAGGCAGCAUCAUCAUCAUUAUUGAUUCUAUAGAUCAAAUUCAGCAAGUUGAAAAACACAUGAAAUGGCUGAUAGAUCCACUGCCAGUGAAUGUAAGAGUAAUUGUUUCUGUGAAUGUGGAAACAUGCCCUCCAGCAUGGAGGUUGUGGCCUACACUUCAUCUUGACCCUUUAAAUCCUAAAGAUGCAAAAUCUAUUAUAAUUGCAGAAUGCCACUCUGUAGACAUUAAACUGAGUAAAGAGCAGGAGAAGAAGCUAGAACGACACUGUCGUUCUGCUACAACCUGCAAUGCCCUUUAUGUCACUCUUUUCGGCAAAAUGAUUGCGUGUGCUGGGAGAGCAGGCAAUUUAGAUAAAAUCCUUCUUCAGUGUUUCCAGUGUCAAGAUACUGUUUCAUUAUAUAGACUUGUUCUGCGAUCUAUCCAGGAGUCCAUGACAAAUGAUAUGGAUAAAGAACUAAUGAAACAGAUUCUCUGCCUUGUAAAUGUUAGUCACAAUGGUGUGAGUGAAUCAGAAUUGAUGGAAUUCUAUCCUGAGCUAUCCUGGGCUGUCUUGACCUCCCUUAUUCACAGUUUACAUAAAAUGUGUUUGUUGACUUAUGGUUGUGGUUUGCUCAAGUUUCAACAUCUACAG